GCUUCCUGCGAGUCGACUCCGUUGACAAGAGGAGCUACCACCGGAUGCUGAGGAGAGAAUGUUUGCAGCAUUUCUAGCAAAAAAAAAAUAAAAAAAAUAAUAAUAACAUUUGUGCAAUAAUUAAUUAUCAGAAUGGAAGACGCAAUAGAUGCGUUUGUGUUCAAAGGUGUUGCGGAGAGGCUGACCCUCGGAAUUACUCGAAUACUCGAGAACAUGCCAGGGGUGGUGGAUGUGCGUUUCGCAGAGAGGGACCCUGCAGAAAAGAGGAGCCUCCUGUCUUGGGAGCAGAAAAACACGUGUAUUUUACCAGAGGAUUUGCGAGAUUUCUAUCUGACCACUGAUGGAUUCACAUUAACCUGGAGCGUUAAACUGGACGAUGAGUGUGUUCCUUUGGGUUGCAUGUUGAUCAACAGCGUGGGCAGGCUGUGCCCGCUGCUUCAGCCCGUAUCUGUUUUCUCUCUGCCUAACGCGCCCUCGCUGGCUGACCUGGACUGGGAGGAGAGCGGCUCAGAAAGUGGAUUGGAGCCUGCGCAAUCUGCCCCUCAUUUUGAUGCCCGGAGCCGCAUUUAUGAGCUGGAUUCCUGUGGCGGGAAUGGAAAAGUGUGUCUGGUUUACAAAAACUGCACUCCAGGGGUUGUCGCACAGCAGAGUGAAAUUUGGUUCCUGGACCGCUCGCUGUGCUGGCACUUUUUGACUGCGACAUUUACCGCCUACUACAGACUGAUGAUAACACACCUGGGUCUACCUGAGUGGCAGUAUGCCUACACACCGUACGGCCCAAGCCCUCAGGCAAAGCAGUGGGCGUCCCUCUACCAGCCGCUGAUUUUCUGCUGUGAGGUUAGCCAGACGGAUUCGGCUGGCGAUGUCUUCCUAAACAAGCUGGAUCCCACCAAGGCUUUCAAAGGCAAGGCCAAGGCACCACCCCCCAAAAAGAAGCAGUCGACCCAGUGCAGCUCAGGUGGCACUGCUAAGGGGCAAGGCAACAUAGGGAGACACAGCGGAACCAAGCGGUGAAAUCCAUCCAGUCUAAGAGAGACAUUUGCUGCCGUGCUGCUUUGCUUCUGUCUGUUUCUCCGCCACAUUUUAAAGGAAUGAUCUGCCAUCUUCUGCUUGCCGGACGGUUAAGCUCAGCUCUUUGUAACGAAGCAGCGUGUUGUGACAGAUUAGGUAGCAUGCAUAUUCUAUAAGCAGGAUUUGAAUGGCCGAGCUUGUGUUUAAUUUGAUUUGCAACUUUACCAGAAAACUUAUUCUGUCUGAGCUAAGAUAGCGUCUCUUAAUGGUUUCAAAGUAUGCAGAGUUUCAUAUCAGCAUUUAUUUAUUCUUAUUCCUUUGCAAAAAAACACAGAGAAGAAAUGUCACCCAUCAUCAGCUAAUAUUAGCUGGUUAGCUUCUCAGUCUUUCUUUAUGGAACGCAGAAUGGCAAAAGGAUCUAAAAGGGUGUGCAAUAAGAACUUAUGUCCCUGUGUUCAGCAGGUAUUUACUUUGUCUUUUUCUUUAAUUAUAUGUCUAAAAUCAAAAUAACUGUAAAUAAAUGCCAUUGUUAUAAAGGGCAACAGUCCGCAGGAGCUAGGGAGUUCAUCCUGUAACAGACGGGUUGCCGGUUCGAACCCUAUGUCUGACCGUCUGUGUCGUUGUGUCCUUG